AUAACCAGUCAAUAAUCAAAAGCCCCUCAUACAGCCUAUCAGAGCAACCAGAACCUUACCUCACGAUAUUUUGAAGACUAACCCUGCAUGAUUUUUAGAUAAUCUUCAGUUUAGCAUCCGCGCUAUCGACUCAUAUUCCUCAACCCUACUGGAGUUUCCUUUAGCGCGUCGGUAACGCGUUGCGCGUUGUCGCAUUGCGCGCUGUCCAGUCUCUAUCGCCACAUACUGAGCCUUACUCGCAAAAAUGUCAUUUCUUCAGAGCCUGUUCCGACGGUUUUCAAGAAAACAAGAAGAGACGCCACCAGAAAGCCACCAGCAUGAAUCUUUCGAAGACGACGCAAAGCUGGACGAUGACACAAACUGGGAGGAAGAUACAAACCAGGAUGACAGCACAAACUUGGAGAACGGUACAAACUGGGAUGACGAUGCAAAUAUUGAUGCCGGCACAGAUUUGGAGGACGAUGCAAACUUGACAGGAGAACAAGAAACGAAAAAUGAUUCAGACACCCAGACAGAUCUCAAAUGGAAAGGCGAUACCCACCCCAAUACUACCACUGGCUCAUCAGGAGAUGAUAAUAAAUGGACACCACGAAAGUCGGAUGCGGAACCGCAGUAUGCUUACUCCCGUGAUAGGCCGUACACUCCUCGCUUUGUUAAUCAAGGAAACUCUCAUCUACCACCAGCAGUCAAUGCUACAACGCUAGCUGCUUCGACGCCACAAUAUCUUACACAUGCACCUCCUUCAUCUUCGUUUUCUACAAGGUUCGUGAAUGAAUCGCCCACGACCGUAGUAAGCGAACCUCGAACAGGGCCGAGAAUCAAAUUCUUUAAACCCGCGAGAAAAAGAACAUCUAAACGCUUGAAAGACCAAUCUCUCACAGUCCUGGAGCGCAAAACCUCUCCAAGCUCGCAAGAAAACUAUUCUAUCACCCCUCAAAACGCCCCCGAAGUCGCCCCCAGAACCGCUUCCCAAAACGUUACCCCAAACGCUCCUCAAAACGAAACCAAUACGAAUCUGAAAACUGAACCCUCCACUAGCACGAAUGACAAACCUAUAAAACCACAGGAUGAAAGCACAUUCGAUCAAGCUGAUAUAGCUGAUCAACCUCGUCUACCUUGGAACUGGACCGCCUUUGGUACGAAGACCAAGGAGGUAUACGAACCGACUGCAGUUGGUAAAUGGUGGUAUAUGUGGGCUCAAGAGAAUCGAGACAGUCCGCGGGUGGCUAGCAAUAUUGGAAGGAUAAUGGAAACGGAGCUUGGAGUCCAACGAAUUGGUGCGGACAGAUGUACACGAUGUCAGAUCCAGGGACUAGAGUGUUGGGUCUACAGCGUCAAGGCUAGAUUUCAAGUCAACAAUCCGGGCAGUGCAUGUGCACGUUGUCGUGCGGAUCCGGCAUGCAUGGGCUGCAGUUUGUCACAGCGGUCGAAGAAAAGGAAAGGGAGUCCUUUACCACCCCCUCCCCCGCGGCUACUACUACCAAAGGGAGGGCAUCCAGCGUAUAGUACUCAAUAUAUGAGUCCUGAAACGUCCACGAUCGGAGCAUAUCAACCAGCAUAUAUCGCACCGAGCAGCCGAAUGCCUUACUCGUAGGUACUUUGCAGUUGCUUCAAAGACGUCGGCAUAA